UUUCUCCCCAUCUCUCUGGCUUUCUCACACUCUAUAUCUCUCUCUUUCUCUCUCACACUCUCCAUCUCUCUCUCCACCUCUCUCUCAGUGUGCAGGCAGAGAAGCCUGGUGAUGGAGGAUCUGUGUCUCUGAUGCUGUGGGGCUGUGACUGGACAGUGAGUGACCCCAUGCCUCUGAGUCCGGCUGCCAACGCUAAGCAUGACCCCCCUGAUCAUCCCCGGCAACCAGCCACUACCAAUGGCAACCAGCCAGGUUCCGCCCUUGCCAGGGACGACGGGAGGACUUCCUCCCCAGAUCCUCCUGACGACGGCUCUGGAAACAGCAUCGUCAUCCGUAUUGGCAUCCCUGACCUGCAGCAGACGAAGUGUCUGCGGUUGGAUCCCGAGGCAGCAGUGUGGAGCAGUAAGCAGCGUGUGUUAGUGACUCUAACACAGAGUCUGACUGAUGUUCUGAACUACGGUCUGUUUCAACCGGCCUUCAACGGACGAGCUGGGAAGUUCCUAGACGAGGAACGACUGCUGAAAGACUACCCUCUACCCCCCAUCACCCCUAUUCCCUACCUAGAGUUUCGCUAUAAGAGGCGUGUUUACACUCAGAGCUAUGUGGACGACAAGCAGCUAGCAAAGCUCCAUACCAAGGCCAACCUUAAGAAGUUCAUGGAGUAUGUUUAUCAGCUCAGCGUUGACAAAGUCUCCAGGUUCUUGGAGAAAGGCCUUGAUCCUAAUUUUCAUGAUGCAGACACAGGAGAAUGCCCCCUGACCCUGGCGGUUCAGCUAGAGGGCAGUUCAGAGCUGAUUAAAGUUCUGAGGAGUGGAGGAGCUCACCUGGACUUCAGGACUAGAGACGGAAUCACAGCGCUGCACAGAGCUGUUCUCUCUAGGAACCACACAGCACUCACAACUGUGUUGGACCUGGGUGCGUCUCCAGACUAUAGGGACAGUCGUGGGUUAACUCCGUUGUACCACUGUGCCAUGGUGGGGGGAGACCCGUACUGCUGUGAACUGCUGCUGCAUGAACACGCUGUCAUAGGCAGCACCGACGAGAAUGGCUGGCAGGAGAUCCACCAGGCAUGUCGUCAUGGGAACGUGCAGCACCUGGAACAUCUGCUGUUUUACGGAGCCGAUAUGAGCUCUCAGAAUGCCUCAGGAAACACUGCCCUGCACCUGUGUGGUCUAUACAACCAGGACGGCUGUGCCAGAGUUCUGCUGUUCAGAGGAACAAAUAAAGACAUUAAGAACUACAACAACCAAACAGCUUUUCAGGUGGCCAUCAUUGCUGGGAAUUUUGACCUGGCAGAGAUCAUUAAGAUCCAUAAGGCCUCAGACGUAGUGCCUUUCAGAGAGAGCCCUUCCUAUUCCUCAAAGCGCCGACGUCUGGGUGGGGCCAAUAAUGUUGGUGUGUGUGGCUCAUCAUCUCCCCGUUCUCUGAUUCGCUCAGCCAGCGACAACGCUCUGGAAAGCCCCGCCUCUUCUUCCCCCAGCCCCUCCCUCCACAGCCUGGAGAACACAAACACUUCCAACCGGCAGGCAGACACACACAGCCUUCGCAGACAGACACGGCGCCUCAGCCCGAGUGGCAGGCUACAGAGGGACCCCAGCCCGCCCCCAUCUCCCCCCAGCCCAGUGCAGCAUGGGAAACGUAGGCUGUACAGCGCCGUGCCGGGGAGGACGUUCAUCGCUACCCGCUCUCACACACCGCAGGGCCCCGGAGAGAUCAGCCUGCAUCGUGGGGAGAGGGUCAAAGUGCUGAGUAUAGGAGAAGGAGGGUUCUGGGAGGGUUCAGUUAAAGGACGGACCGGAUGGUUUCCUGCUGACUGUGUUGAAGAGGUCCAGAUGAGACAGUACGACCCACGCCUAGAAACACGAGAGGAUCGCACCAAGAGGCUUUUCAGACAUUACACCGUGGGUUCCUAUGACAACUACACUUCCUACAGUGAUUAUGUCAUCGAGGAGAAGAGUUCUGUGCUACAGAAGAGAGACAGUGAAGGAUUUGGCUUCGUCCUCCGUGGAGCUAAAGCGGAGACCCCAAUAGAGGAGUUUGCUCCUACGCCAGCGUUCCCGGCGCUGCAGUACCUGGAGUCUGUGGACUUGGAGGGCGUGGCCUGGAGGGCAGGGCUUCGCACUGGGGACUUCCUCAUUGAGGUAAAUGGUAGUGAUGUGGUGAAGGUGGGUCAUAGACAGGUGGUGUCGCUGAUCCGUCAGGGAGGAAGUCAGCUGCUGAUGAAGGUUGUUUCAGUCACACGCAAACCUGAGUCCGACUUAGUCCGUAAGAAAGCACCUCCUCCGCCUAAGAGAGCGCCCAGCACGUCGCUCACACUGCGCUCCAAAUCUAUGACUGCUGAACUGGAAGAGAUAGCCUCUGCCAGGAGGAGACGAGGGGAAAAGCUGGACGAGAUGUUGACUGGGUCCCAGGAGGCUAUGAUGAGAAAAUGCCCCUUGGAGGCGGACUACAGAGCGGCCACCGUGAAGCAGCGGCCAACCAGCAGACGAAUUACUCAACAAGAGAUCAACUCUUUGUUUGAGCGGCAGGGCCUGCCUGUUCCUCCAGGGGUUUCCUUGGGUCUGGAGAAAGCCACCAUGCAGCUGCCUCGUGGAAUGUCUCGGACCAAGUCCUUCGGUGCACCAGAGGAUGACAGGAUCUCUGCACUGAUUGGAGAGCAUCGGUUUCCAAGGAGCUCUUCGAUGACUGAUGGCUUCAUACCUCCUCCUCCCCAGACUGCCCCCCCUCCUCCCCCCUCUCACUACUUCCUGGACUCUGGCCCGCCACCGGCCUUCUGCCCUCCACCUCCCCCGCAGCGAGCAGCCGAUCAAUCACACUCCAGCUUCAAGCCGGGGGCGGAACCUAGGCUGCACGAGGUCUGUGAUUCGCCAACGUCUCGGAGCCAUGCAGAGCGGCAGAGGAAAGCUCGCUCCAUGAUCAUCCUGCAGGACUCACCUGUACCAGGCUAUCUACCUGCAGAGUUUGCCCCCCUAGGCCGACCUUCUGGGGCUACAGUAGGGCUGGGCCUGUCCCGACCCAGCCCUGCUGCUUCUCCCAGCCCCCUCUCCAGAACCAGCCCUGCUGCCUCCCCCAGCCCCCUCUCCAGAACCAGCCCUGCCCCCAGCCCCCUCUCCAGAACCAGCCCUGCCCCCAGUCCCAGCAUCCUCUCCAGAACCAGCCCUGCCCCCAGCCCUAACCCUCCAGGGGAGCGCAGCAGCAACAGGAGGCGUGGCCGACCAGUAGAGAACCCGUAUGCCAACGUGGGUCAGCUGCCUGCCCCCCCCAGCAAGCCUCAGCGCCGCAAGUCUCCGCUCCUCAAACAGCUGCAGGUGGAGGAGGGGCCCAGCAGGGCAGAGCUAUACCAGCAGCAGGUGCUCACUGAGCGUGCUCAGAUACGGGUCACGCCCCCUCAGGGCCGUAGGUCCUCCUUCUUCCUGUCUGUGGAGGGAGGGGGUUCAGAGCCCCCUCCCAUCCUACUGACCCAGUCCCACUCUGUAGAUGACCUGGGGGAGCUGCCCCCCCCCAUCCCCGUCCUCUCCCCCUCCUCCUCCCCCCACUCCACCUUUCUCCACCCACUGACAGGCAAGCCUCUGGACCCCUCCUCCCCCCUCGCCCUGGCCCUCGCUGCCCGCGAACGAGCUCUCACUGCACGCACACCCAGCCCUGAACCCAGAACCAAACACGCACACUCACCUAGCCCCGAGCCCAGGCCGAAACACGCACACUCACCCAGCCCCGAGCCCAGGCCCAAACGAACCCCUCCUCCCCUGACCAGCCCUGAGCUCCAUCAUAAACGUAUCAACCCACCCAUUUUCCUUGAUGGACAGCUGGAGCGGCCAGUCGUAGAGCGGCCAGAGACAGAGGGCGGAGUCACAUCUCCUGCUGUGCCCUCCCCCGAGCGUUGGCAGGCUAUGCCCCUCCCUCCCAUCAGUCAGGUGACCAUCAAUAUAACCAAUGAAAGCCAGCCGGCAGGACGGGGUCUGGGGGAAGAGCUGAUUGAGGCGCUGCAUGGACAAUUACAGAGGAGGAGAAGUCUGACCGUUGGCAGCUCAGAGGAGGAGGGCGGGCCUUAUACGGUAACCCAGGGCCAAUCAGAGAGGAGGAAGAGUCUGGAGGGCGGGCCUUACACGGUGACCCUGCCCCCUGCACUGCUGUCAUCCAGUGAUGAGGAGACGAGGGAGGAGCUUCGUAAGAUUGGUCUGGUGUCUCCUCCCCUGGUGUUUGCCACGCCCCCCUCCCCCACCCAGCCCCCCUCCUCCCUCAGCCUGUCACCACGGAGACCCCAGGCAGGUGAGGGAAGGGGAGGAGGGGAGUCAGCUCCAGACUCAGGGGUGGAGGAGGGAGACCCUCACAUAGAGAACAUCUUAUCCCCCAGCAGCACCCCGGCCCCCAGCCUGCCCCCCACCCUGCCCUCCCCAGAACCCCCACAGCCUUUCACUGCCACCCCGAAAACCCUGCCCUCCACCACCUCAGACUCCCAGAGCCUGAAGCCCAGGCUGCGUUCUCCCCUGGGCCGUGGUCGCUCUGCUCUCAGGGAUCCUCUACUGAAACAGUCUUCAGACAGCGAUCUGCUUCCAUCUGGCUGUGGACCUGGACGCCCACCACCCUACCUCUUCCAGAGGAGAUCUAAACUUUGGGGGGAGGUGUCCGAGUCUCGACCCAGGCAGAGUAGCCCUGAGGAGGGCAGGCCAACUGCCGUGGGGGGUGGUGGGCUGGAGCUGGCCUCACGUCUCCAGUUACUCAGUAAAGACUCCCACUCACUCGGAGAGGAGCCUGCAGGACUGCUGGACCCUGGACACAGGUCCCCUGUGGGCGGAGCAAGAUGUCGCCAAGACAAUGGAGAGAGUAAAGCGUAGGUUUUAGAUUGCUGGGUAAACACCGCCUCUUGCUAUCUACAUAAUAAACUAACAUGAACUAACUCUCUAUUCGCUACACCAGUAGCCUAAUGAAAACUCUUUCCUCUCUAAAGUAGUGUUCUAAAGACAACUGUCUCUUUUACUGGUGCCAUAAUGAUAACUGUCUCUUUAACUAGUGCCCUAAUGAUAACUGUCUCUUUAUCUAGUGCCCUAAUGAUAACUGUCUCUUUAACUAGUGCCCUAAUG